AUGUCUGUUCGUCUUCUACACCCAGAUGAGUAUGAGCUUGGCACCCGGUCUUCUCUCGACUCUCAGGGGACGUUCGAUCUCGACGAGGCCGAUUUCGAAUCACAAACCCUCCCAAAAUCCAGACUUCUUUCGCUUUCGCAUAGAUGGCCAAUACUAUUCCGACUGUUAUCCUCUACCUACUCUGGAUACCGCCGCCUGAGACCUUCGCGACCGUUACUGUCCGCUUCGAAGCGACCAGUCGGCUGCUAUCGACGUCUUCUGUUUCGCAGAUCGUGCUUUUAUCUCCAUGUUGUCGCCGGUAUAAUCUUCGCGCUCGUGGUCCUUACUUCGAUAUUUUGGCCUUCCUACACCCGGCCGUUGUCGCAUUACAAAUCCCUCCGAAACGCUGUAGAGCAAUCGACCGCACCGGGCAGGGGCAACCCUCACAACGAGAAGGUCUUUAUCGCAGCGAGCUUAUACGAUCCGAACGGGGAGCUUGCACGGGGACAAUGGGGUGCUGAAGUUUUGCAGUUGGUCGACUUACUAGGACCAGAGAAUGUGUUUUUGAGCGUCUACGAAAAUGACAGCGGGGCGGAAGGAGAGCGCGCGCUGCGCGACUGGGAGGCACAGAUCCCUUGCGACAAAUCUAUCGUGUUCGAGGAACAUAUGGAUUUGCAAAGUCUUCCUACAGUGACGGUCCCUGGUGGAUCGCACCGGGUUAAGCGUAUUGAAUAUUUGGCUGAGGUCCGGAACCGAGCCUUACGACCUUUGGACGACAAUCCGGAGAAACGGUAUAAUAAGUUACUUUAUGUAAAUGAUGUGCUUUUCAACCCGGUUGAUGCACUGCAGCUUUUGUUUUCGACUAAUGCGGGAGAGGAUGGGGUUGCUCAUUACCGGGCUGCUUGUUCCGUGGAUUUCAUCAACCCCUUCAAGUUCUACGACACGUAUGCUACUCGGGAUCUGCAGGGAUAUAGCAUGGGGCUUCCGUUUUUCCCAUGGUUUUCGGCUGCCGGAAACGGUGAUAGUCGAAAUGAUGUUUUGGCGGGAAGGGAUGCUGUGCGGGUACGCAGCUGCUGGGGAGGAAUGGUCGCCUUUGAUGCUAGAUUUUUCCAGUAUGGCGCAAAGGGGUCCACUGGAGACCAUGACUGGGAGAAGAGAAAUUCGACCCAAGAGUUGAAGUCAAGGGAAGAGAGCGGGAUAUCGCCAGUUCGCUUCCGUGCCUCUCGUGAUGUGUUCUGGGAAGCCUCGGAGUGCUGUCUCAUCCACGCCGAUCUGCAAGACGCUCCAUCGAAUGUUGAUGACCUCACGGACACUGGCAUCUACAUGAACCCGUACGUUCGGGUUGCCUAUGACAGUCGCACUUUGUCUUGGCUCGGGACCACUCGUCGAUUCGAAAAACUUUAUGCUUUUAUCCACAACAUUGGGAAUCACCUUGUUGGUCUUCCUUGGUUUAAUCCUCGCCGGGCAGAAAUUUUUGGCCAAACUGCCGAAGAAACCGUUUGGGUCCCUGAUCCUGUGGGCAAUGGAGAAGGCACAUUUCAAACAGUUGAACGUAUCGCCGGCAAAGAUGGGUUCUGCGGACGUCGUGGGCUUCAAGUAAUUGUAGAGCAUCGCGAAGAGGGCCAGAAGGGAUGGGAAAACAUUCCUGUUCCUCCAUGA